AUGAACAUCUUUACGCAAAUCGCAACGCAAUUUCUUAUUAAUAAAAAUACGCUGACGGAUUUGUUAAAAACAUUGAAGUUUUCCACGGCAUUUAUCGAAGAAUUUCAAAAUGAUCACAUUUUUAUCGAUGAAGAUACAAUUAGACAGAAAAUCCGUAUCUUAUGUGACAUAACACAAGAUGAAUCGUUUCAAGGUUUACUAUGUCACGAUAAUGGUAUUCAAUUAGUUUUCCAUGCAACACCUCAUGAUUAUCGUUUCAUGCGAUUUCGUAUUAGUUUCGAUAUUAAAAUCAUUGGAAUUAUUCUAAAUAAUCAACAACAAACGUUACAAUUUUUAAUAAGUAAUAUUCAAAUACAAUCACUUAAUCAGCUUUCAAAGCCAUUUCGAUUUUGUGUUCAGUGUAAAGCCCGAACUUUAGUUAUCGAUGAACUUGAACGACUUUGUGCCGAAAAAAAUAUUUCAUAUGAAAGAUUAUUUAAAAAUCUAAAAUGCCCUUUAGUUUAUCGGAUUAGUUUAUCGAAUAUGAAAGAAUUAAAUCAUUUACGCGAACGAUAUUUAAUUAUUGGUAAUCGAUCAAUACUUGAUUUAAUACAAAUAACCUGGGUUGAGCACCGUGAACAGGCUAUUGUAUUGGGCUAUCUUUUAAAUACUUCGCUACAUGGAAAAAAAUCGUAUUCUUACAUUCAACAAGUGACUAUGGAGAAAAGUUCAAUAUUGUUAUGA